AUGACGGACUACUCAUUGUUCACUAUCUCCGACUUUGAUGUUAAUGACUACGCCAACGCCAUUCUUGCUGGCGAGCCGUAUCCACAGGUUCACCAAACGCAGUACGCAAAGCCUCGAACGGGCACAGCUUUAGAAUCGGCCAAGGAGGAUAUAUCAGUCGCAAUAUCCAAGCUGGACUUGAGCAUUGAGGACGUGAGCAAGCAAAUCAAAAGUUUGGUUACCACCCACCAUGAAGAGCUACUUCAGCGAGCAGCGGGCGUCAAUAACCUCUCUGGAUCACUGACUUCAGUUCGACGUGGCUUGGAUGACGUUGAUGCCUCUUUGGAGAAACUUCGCCAGAAAGUUCGUGUUCCAUACCAAACUUUGGAAACGAGCGCCAUCAAGCUUCAACGUAUUCGUCAAACCUCAGAUGCGUUGCGACGUAUUUCACGUUUCGUUGUGCUCUCGCGACGUCUAGAAACUCAGAUUUCCGAGCUUGCUACGUUUGACAAGCCGGGCACUGCUGAAAAGAAAAGACCUAACAGUUCAGAAGGCUUGUCUGCGGAUCAGCAAGAUGACAAGGAGCGCACCAUUGCUAAGGCAGCAUUGACAAUUGCAGAGCUAGGUGCCUUGUUGGAUGGACCUGAAGAGACCGGAGAUACCCCAGUAAAAGACUCGUCAGAAACUGACGAUAGGACUGCACCAGCAACGGAUACCUUGGUCCCCCUCCGAUCUGUAAAGGCAGCAGCAGCACACAUACCAUUUAUCGAAGAAGCGCAAAACAAGGUUACGCAUGAGAUGGAAUCAAUGAUCAUGACUGGUCUUUCUACUUUGGAUCAAUCACUGUUGGCAUCCUCGUUACAAACAGCGUACAACUUACGUGCACUCCCGACGCUCAUACAGGGCUUAUCAAGAGACCUUUGUGACGCCGUCGAGGAACGGAUACGAACUGCAUUCGAUCUCUCACGUAUUUCCAAGGAAGUUGUUUCGAAGGAAAAUGUGCCUUCUUCUCAAGGUCUCUUAUAUAAGUCGCGUGUGCGAACAGAACCAACGAACAUCACAGCACCGCAAUGGACAGCUGCGCUUUGGGCCCGCCUUGAGUCUCUUAUCGAGGAGAUGGCUGCAUGCUGUAUCAAGGUGUACACUCUUGAGAAGGUCCUGAAAUUGAAGAAGGAUCCGAUAACCCAAAGAUCAUUCCUUCAUGAUGUAAUGAAGGUUCUAGAGAACAAACCUAGUUCUACAUUCUGGACUUCGCUGGGACGCUCGCUUGAGAAGUACGCUCGUGACGCUGCCAAGGGUUCGACCUUCCUUCAACAGACUCUUAGCUCUGGUUACCCGAGGCUCUUACGUCUUUUCCACGAAUUCUUUGCCAAAAUUGCAGUACAUACUGACACAGUCUAUACGCAAUCCCAGCAAUCACCAGAAACUGUUCUCGUCCUCCGUGCUCUUUCUACAUUUGAGGCUCUUUACCUCUCUCGUUCGACAACCCGCUUGAAUGAAGCCGUUUCCCAGGCUUUCGUUGGCGGCUCUCGCGCACCUCCAGGCGCUAACGAAGGUGUCGCAAUUGCGCGGGCAGUGAUGAACGAGCUUGAUUCAGCUAGGUUUGAUCCUUUGUUAAUGCUUGCGGUGGCGAGAAACGUUAGCGCAGCUCUCGAUGGAGCGACGAUGAGGGCCGAGGGUCUAAUCUCUUCAGAUCGCUCAGUGGUCACACUUCUUGGGCCGAUGGCGACUCCACAACAAAUUUUGAACGGCCAGGUUGCGACGUGCCUUUAUUACUGCUGGACGAAUUUGGAGAAGAUAGCUGAAGAACACACCGAGAGCGCUGCUUCGCUUGUAAGACCUGGUGUAAAGAAACUGCAUGUCACUUACGAUAGCAUCGUUGACCCCCUCCUUACGGCAAUACGAAGGGAGCUCGCUUCCAUCGUCUCGAGACUUCAUAGGGUUGACCUGCAGAAGGCCAUGGGGCCGAUGGCAGGCAUGGCAGGGCCAAGCCUGUACAUGAAAGACCUCGCUGAUAAACUCAACUACGUCAAGAUGCAGAUCUUGACUAAUUUUUCGAGUGACAUGACACAGUCCUGGGUGCUCUCUAUCGUGAAAUACGUUAUCCGAAUCUUUGUGCUUCAUGCCAGUAUCGCGAAACCGUUAGGAGAGAGCGGGAAGCUGCAGCUCACGACAGAUAUGACAGAGCUCGAAUUUGCGUUGGGUGCGUUUCUUGGGCCUUCAAGCAAGCGUGGCCUUGAAGUAGCCGGGGAGGAGUAUAAAAUGCUCAGAGCUAUGCGACCCCUCCUCUUCCUCGACACAGCUUCACUUGCAAGUCCAACGCACGCCGCGAACCUGCCUCCGCUUGUAGUGCUGCACCAUAUUCUUGUACGGUCCCCACUGCCGCUACCGCAUAUAAUGCAUGGAUGGCAAGAAGCGGAGUAUGUGCGAUGGGUGGAAGAGCAUAGAAAAGAGGAUGCGUGGGGGCUGGUUGAGGCUGCGCUGGUCGGGAAGGAGGGAGAGUUUGUAGAACUUGCAAGUAGGGUGCUGAGGCAAGCGAGGGAUAAGCGGCAACGAAUGCCACUGCCAGAACCCGCUACGGUGAUGAUGCUGGACUGCAUUACUGAUGACGAUGUGGGACGGAAGCUCCGUGUUGCUGGACGUAUGCUCACAUAUGACCCUUCCACCGCACUUGUGCUUCUCUCAUUUUCCUCCCAUGGACUUCUGGUAGACGUUUCUCUCGUAAUCGAUCCCGAUGCGGUGCUUUCUACUGUAAAAUGGGGCGGAACACUUGAUCCAAGUGUGGACUAUAACUGGAUGCACGAACGUAAAGCAUGGGUGUGGGUUAUGGGAUGGUUGGAAAGGUCUGAGGACCUUCCAAUACCAGAGCCACCACCCUACACAUCACAACCAGACGUUGACACGUCGAUCGUGCUUAAGGCGCUGAACGUCACUCCUGCGCGCGAUCUGGAUAUUGCCGGGCUACGGUCGGCACUUGCGGCAAGAGGAGAGAUACCACCUACGACGUAUCCAGUGUGA